AUGACAGAGCAUCUCAGCCCCGACUCUCUAAAUACUCUCGACCCCGACGAACAAGACAGCCUUCGAGUUCGAUCGCGAUCGCCUCACCCGUACCAUCACCAGAACACAGACCUUCCCCAUCUCUCGGAUCGUUUUACGCUGAGGAACCGCCAAGCGCAAUCCGCCAAGACCAGUGACGAUGAUCCCCACGAACCCUCGCCUACGACAUGGCCAAGUUUUCUCAAGGACUCGCCGCAGACGAGCGACAGUGGCUCCGAAGCUGACGACGAGCAUUAUCUAAAAGGUUUACCGGCGCCAAAAGCCAACCUGCACAAAGGAUUGAGAGGUCUCAAUGAACCGCUGUCUGGCUCUUCAACACCUCUUCCAUCACCAGCGCUUCUUGAUGGUCAUGUCAUCCGCACAGUAGACAAGCCGCCCAUGUCUACCGAGACACCGGAAACGAAACGUCUGCUCGAAGCCCUCAAAAGACGAAGAAGAGUCGUUGUUCGACGCAUAACUGAGGCUGGCAUUGUUUUAGCGCUGGGUCUCAUGGUAGCUUCAAAUUCCCAGGUAUUGCAGCUCAUAAAGAUCUGGGGAAAAGAUAUCCUACUCUGUGGCCUUGUAUAUGCGGGACUACUCGCUCUGUAUCCUGUCCGGGUCGUCGCUUGGGCAUACCGUAACAGGACACCGUCUCACCCAAUACCUCUCGAGCUUCCUGCGCACUUCGACCCCGCUCCCAUAUUAUACCCUUCGGCGAUUACUCUAUAUGUCUCGCUUCUUAUUUCGUCAAGCAACCCAGCAGCGAUUCUACCUAACCUUAUUCUGAGCCUUGCUUCAAUUCCGCAGAGCGUUAUUCCCAAGGUUGAUCCAUAUGCUACAUAUGAUGUACUAGCAUGGGGCCUAACUUGCAUUCCACUAAUCUGGAGCCCAAAGCAGCGUGAACACUUCGAAAGCAAGCAUCCAGAAUCUUUUAUUUCAGGAGAAACAGCUAUUCUGCUGUAUCCUCUUCACCAAACUUUGUGUGUGACAUUGCACUAUCUCACUACAACUAGUCUCUUGACGGCUGAGCUCCAGCUCCUGUCAGUCGCCCUUAUCAACGUUUUGCUUCUAGCUUCUUCACCCCAGGUUUUGAUUCUCAAAGCCCUGUUGUGGGGUGGAGGACUUUCUCUCCUCUUCUUUUGUGGACGUGUCAUAAGCUGGGGAAUUGCUUUGGCCAGAGUGCCGAAAUGGAGAUUUCGGAGAGUGUCAGUCUCUCAACGGCCGCCACUCUGGAAAAAUUUCAAACAAAUUUUCUCGCUACGACGGCUGAGGCACGAAUUAUUAAGACCAGAGUAUGAGGAUGCUGUGUACGAUACCAUUGGCUCAUCCGAGGACGAGGCAGGCCCGUUGUUCAAGAAGCCUACUCGAGUUCGAACCUUUGGACCAAGCUCCCCGAACCCAGCAGAACCCGAUAGUGCUCCCUCUUCGCCCACGGCUGCAGAUGCUUUCGGAAGCUGGUCUUUUGCACGGAGACAUACCUUACCACACCUUGAUCAUGGGAAUCGACGUAACGCGACGCAUACUCCCUCGGGGCGCAAAAAGCGAGCAACUUCCAUGUCCGUUCGGCCCUUCUUCAAGCUUACUCAAGAGCAAGCGACUAUGAGAAAAUGGUUUUAUGCUGGAUACGUCUACUUGAGUAUCAUAGCGAUCAUCCUUGGUGGCAUUCGAACUUAUGUACAAUGGUAUGCCCUAGAUGACAAUGAGCCCAUUGGGUGGGCUUUGGGAUAUCUCCUCGGCGACUGGUCUUGGUUCCGAUAUCAAGUGGUCAGUCUGAACUUGGAAAGAUGGAUUUGCCUACCCCCGCGAAUUGAUCCUACAGAAGACAAACAAUGCCACUCUGGCUGGGUACAGCACGUUCGCCAUAACGACUUUGGAGAAGCAAACACUCGACUUUUGUUGAGUGCUUACUGGAUGGGAAUCUUGAUUCUGGGGCUCAUUAUCGUCUUUCGUCUGAAGGACAUCUAUGAGGUAGAUACACGGCGGAAGGUGUUCCACUUUAUGAUGGUUGGCAUGUUUUUGCCCGCAACCUUUGUCGAUCCAACGUAUGCAGCUCUUGCCCUGUCUCUAAUCCUUGCGGUCUUCUUGAUCCUGGAUCUUCUGCGGGCAAGUCAGCUACCUCCACUAUCAAAACCUAUUGCCUCAUUCCUAGCACCAUACGUCGACGGCAGAGACUUCCGUGGUCCAGUUGUCAUCUCACACAUCUUUCUCCUAAUUGGGUGCGCCAUUCCUCUCUGGCUGGGCCUUGCUUCUCUACCACGCUCUGGAUCUGGCUACCUGUCUGGUUGGGAAGUCACAACUCGAGAUGUCAGUCUUGUCUCUGGAGUUAUCUGCGUGGGUUUAGGAGACGCAGCUGCUUCUCUCAUCGGCCGUCGAUAUGGACGUCGGAAGUGGCUCUGGGGAGGCGGUAAGAGCCUUGAGGGCAGCGUCGCCUUUGCUGUGGCUGUCAUGCUGGGACUUGGUGCCGCCAGUAUGUGGCUGAGAAUCGGUGGUUGGCCUGCUGCAGGUGAGCAGCCUGGAGUGAUUGCUGGCACACGAAAUGCUGCGAUGUGCGCAUCCAUGGCGAGCUUGACAGAGGCUGUUCUUACUGGUGGGAAUGACAACGUUAUCGUACCAGUGGUGUUGUGGACAUGUGUGAAAAGCCUCGGUGUUUGA